AUGUCAGCUGCCAGCAUCAAGCAGCAGAAGGAGGACUUUGUGUCCAACCUGUCGGGAGGCGCGGUCAGCGAGAUCAAUGCCGUCACAGCAGUUGCGCCGGUAGCCGCACUGGUAUGGUCCAUCCUUCAAUCCCGACAAUCCUUCUUCCAGCCCUACGGUCCCCUCGCCCUGGUGAUCGACUACCUCCUCAACGUCGUGGCCAUCCUCCUCUCCACGACGCUGUACUCGAGCAGGCCGACGCUCCUGUCGAUACUGCUCGUCUCCCCCGCCGUGCUCACAUACCUCGUUCCCCGAAAGGCGGACCCGUCGCGGCGGCGCACGCGCGUACCGCCCGCCGAUGUCGCCGCAGGGGUCGGCGGAGGCCGAGGCCGGGCCAGGCUGGACCCGCUGCCCAUGAAGCCCUUCCUGACGACGUACCGGGCCAGCAUGCUGGUCGUCACGACGGUGGCCAUCCUCGCCGUCGACUUCCACCUGUUCCCGCGACGCUUCGCCAAGGUCGAGACCUGGGGCACCUCGCUCAUGGAUCUCGGCGUGGGCGCAUUCGUCUUCUCGGGGGGCGUGGUGGCGGCGCGGCCGGUGCUCAAGGAGAGGGCCGCUGCUGCCGCCGCCGCUGCCGAUGCGAUGAAGGAGACCGGGACCGGGUCCGGGUCCAGGUCCGGGUCCAGGUCCUCGCCGUCGGCCCUGCGCCGCAUAGUCGGGUCCAUGCGCAGCUCCCUGCCUCUCCUGGUGCUGGGUGUGAUCCGCCUCCUCAGCGUCAAGGGCCUCGACUACGCGGAGCACGUGACCGAGUACGGUGUGCACUGGAACUUCUUCUUCACCAUGGGCAUGCUGCCGCCGUUCGUGGCGGCGUCGCAGGCCGCCCUGGCCUACGUGCCGUCGUACGCGGCCCUGGCCCUCUUCGUCUCGGGCGCGUACCAGGUCCUGCUGGAGACGACGGCGCUCAAGGCCUGGAUCCUCACCGCGCCGCGCGUCGACCUCAUCUCCAUGAACAGGGAGGGCAUAUUCAGCUUCUUCGGCUACCUGGCCAUCUUCCUCGCCGGUCAGGACCUGGGCAUGUUCGUGCUGCCCAGGCGCCUGGGCCGUCGCGGCGGCGGGAGCGGUGCCGCCGCCCCGACGGCGGGCUCGGAGCGCAACGCCCUGCUCCUCAGCCUGGCCGUCUGGGCCGCCGUCUGGUCGGGGCUGUACUGGCUGUCGACGAGCUACCGCUUCGGCCUGGGCCUGGACGUGUCCCGCCGCCUGGCCAACCUGCCCUACGUGCUGUGGGUGGCGGCCUUCAACUCGGCCAUGGUGCUGGCGUACUGCCUCGUCGACACCGUCUUCUUCCCGGCCUUUUACAACGCCGUCGACGCCGCGGCCGAGAGGACGGCGUACGACGCCGCCACGAGCCGCGUCAUGAGGGCCUACAACCGGAACGGCCUGUUCAUCUUCCUCGUCUCCAACCUCCUCACCGGCCUGGUCAACAUGUCGGUCAACACGCUCGAGGCGGGACCGGUGCUUACCAUGGGUAUACUCGUGGCGUACACGUCUGUUAACACGGCCAUGGCCCUGAUCUUGGAUGCUUAUGAUGUAUCCAUCAAGUUGUAA